UGGCAAACUGCAAACCAACUCCCAAACACACACGUGCUCUGCUGCUCGGUGAUGGGAAUACGCACAGAGCAUUAGAAGUGUUGCCAAAAAAGUGGUUGCUCGUUGGUGUUUCGACGCCGACUCCCUUUUUUCAGUGAAAUAAUGCAGAAAAUCAAGCGCUUGCUUCCUCAACGUGUGUCCUCGUUCGCCAAUCUGCGUGCGUGUGGUUGCGUGUGUGUGUGCGUGUGUGAUUGUCGCAAACAUUGUCCUGCUGCGUGUGUGUCUGGUCUGGCGAUACGGUACGGUGGUGUGCGGCUGGUUGAGUGAAAGCAUUUCAAGUCUCUGCACACGGGUGGAACGCGGCGCCAUUACGACACACGGCACACAGCAGCACAUUCCCGGAUUGUUUUGUUGGGGUUGUGCUUGGGAAAGGAGCUUAUGUGCGUUUCGGUGCCUUUCGGUGGAAUAAAACAAAAGUGUGUUACGUCGUGUUAAAAGUGUGUGCACACACGUUUGUGCAAAAGAAAACAAACAAAAAAACCUUCAGCAAUAGAGCGAAAGUUAACAGUGUGUGUGUGCUGCACGGUGUGUCGGCACAUACAGGCAAACAAACACAGAAACAAAAACCUACCUCAUUUUGUGCGUGGCAGCCCCUUUUUUACGGCGCUGAGCGUCUUCUAAACAAAACAAGUGUGCAAACCCUUCGUAAAGUGAAAUCCUCUGCUCACGAAUUAAGAAUCAAAAUCAAAGCAAGCAGUGUGCGAGUGUGUGUGUGUGUGUCGGUGUAAAGUAACGCAAAGAGCCACAGCGCAAAUAAGAGUACAGUGCACAGGAAGCAGGAAAAAGAAAACAACAGGGCAGAGAAUACGCACGUCAUCGGAGGAGAGGAGGAGGUGCUACGUUCUAGAAAACCCAAACAAAACAAACCGCACUGCGACGACGCGCCUUUUUCCCUCCAGAAGAAGAAGAAGAAGAAAAAGAAGAAGGGUAAGAAGAGAAGGAGGAUAUCCGCGCGCCUCAUAGCGUGUGUGUGUGUGUGUGUGCGUGCGAAUUAGUGUGUGAGAACAGCGCCUCCUGUGUUUUUCCCCCACUCAUCGUCAUCCUUCCCUGCUGUGUGGGCUUUUAGGGCCUCACCAAUACACCGAACCAAGUAGAAAAGCAAGCGACGAUAUGGCGGGUGUGUUCGAUCUGGAGCUGCACGAGGAGGAGGAUCUGCGCGAUUCUGAUGACGACAUAAUCGAUAUUGAGGAUGUCGAUCUGGAACCCGAACUUCACAUCAACACAAAUCUAGAAACCGAAGGAUCUGAAACGAUACCACUGUCGGAAGAUAUUAUAAACCCCGGACGAAUCAAGCUAGGACCGCAGGAUUUUGAGCUAAAGAAAGUAUUAGGCAAAGGCGGAUACGGUAAAGUCUUCCAAGUCAGAAAAACCACUGGUGCUGAUGCAAACUCGUACUUCGCGAUGAAGGUGUUAAAGAAGGCGUCGAUAGUUAGAAAUCAAAAAGACACAGCCCACACACGCGCCGAGCGUAACAUAUUAGAGGCGGUUAGGCAUCCCUUUAUCGUAGAGCUAGUGUACGCCUUCCAGACCGGUGGCAAGUUGUAUUUAAUUCUAGAAUACUUGAGCGGCGGCGAGCUGUUCAUGCAUUUAGAGCGCGAGGGAAUAUUUUUGGAAGACACUGCAUGCUUCUACCUAUGUGAAAUCAUUCUCGCCCUGGAGCAUCUGCACAAUCUGGGCAUCAUCUAUCGGGAUCUGAAGCCGGAAAAUGUGCUGCUGGAUGCGAAGGGCCACGUGAAGCUGACCGACUUUGGCCUGUGCAAGGAACACAUCCAGGAGGGCAUUGUAACGCACACGUUCUGCGGUACGAUCGAGUACAUGGCACCGGAAAUUCUAACACGCAGCGGACACGGCAAAGCGGUCGAUUGGUGGUCGCUCGGUGCCCUCAUGUUCGACAUGCUGACGGGAAUGCCCCCGUUCUGUGCGGACAAUCGAAAGAAGACGGUCGACGCUAUACUGAAGGAUAAGCUGAACAUCCCGGGCUACCUGACGCCGGACUCGCGCGAUCUCAUCCGCCGGUUGAUGAAGCGGCAGGUGUCGCAGCGCCUCGGCAGCGGGCCGACCGAUGGGCAGGCGGUGCGGGCACAUCCCUUCUUCAAGAACGUCAACUGGGACGAUGUGGUCAAGAGAAGGCUAGAUCCACCGAUCAAACCAGUGCUUGCCAGUGAGGAUGAUGUGUCGCAGUUUGAUACCAAGUUCACGAAAGAGAUUCCGGUGGAUUCGCCCGAUGAAACGACGCUGAGUGAGAGUGUCAAUCUUAUCUUCCAGGGUUUCACGUACGUCGCCCCAUCCGUGCUGGAGGACAUGCAGUCGCGCAUCACGAUGCCCCGGUCGCCCCGUCGCAUGCACCGCCACAACCUGCACCAGCACCAUCAGCACAAUCACCAUCACGGUAGUGCGCACCACCACCACCACGGUGCCGGCAGCAGUCGAAUGAUGGGCGCGGCCGGAGCGACAGGAGCAACGCCGAUGGAGAAUGGCAGUGGGAGCAGUGGCGCCUGGAAGAUGGCCCCGCAUCAAAACAUGCACAACCAUCAUCCGCACGUGCAUCGGGGAGGAGGUCAAAUGGUGCCACCGAACCAGCAGCAGCAGCAGCAGCCGUCGUCCGCUCAGCAACCUCACAAUCAGACGCAACCGGCUGGUGGAGCGGCCGGUGUUAGCGGUGGUCCACCCGGUAGCCGCCCGUUCAAUGCGGCCUCCAUCUCGCGACGAACGCCGCCCCAUCUGCAACCGUUCGCGCCGCGGCCCUCGCCACAGGACGAAAUGAUGGAUGUGUAUCCGGAAAUGUCCAUCUCUUAGCCAACACUGGAGGAUUAUAGCAGUUAUAGGAAAUUCGUCACCUAAGAGAUGUGCUGCAGCAGGACGAGAGAGACACCAUUUAGAACGAUGAAGCAAAACGGGGCGUAAAGAAGGAAGCAGCAUCGAAGGGGAGAGUGCAUCUCCAAAACUAAUUAACCCGUAGUCUAGCGUAAACAUCAAGAAAAGGCAAUUUGUUCCGAACAAUGCGUGCGUGAGUGCAUAGAAAGAGAAAACAAAGGUGCGUGAGAUAGGUAGGGAAGAGUCUGUGUGUCUGUGUGUGUGUGUGUUACAACUACAUACAACAAAUCACCAAGGAAAAGAUUAGAAUAACGAAUUUCAACUAUAAGCCCUUUCUUCCGUUUUACUUUCCGUCUUUCUUCCAACGCUCCAACGAACAGAACCACUUCCGCCAGGGAUUACUUUACAUUUGUUUAUUUCCCUCAGUUUAUGGAGCUUUUCCUUUGCUGAUUGUUUUUAAACUGCUCGACUCAGGCGAUAAGCGCUAGUAGGAAAACAUCCUGUCCUUUCCUGUUCUUCUAAACUCUCAAUCUCCCAGAAUAGUGGAAACAUAAAGGCGCCGCGCAAACACAGGUCGUUAAGCCGUGUUUUAAAGCAAUUUUACGUUGUGCUCUGUAAGGUUAGGGGAAAGAAGGUGCGCUAUAGAAUUAUGAAUGAAAUUGUGUGAAAGCUAAAAGGAUGCAAAAGGGCGUUGAAUGGUGGUUCCCUUCCUCUGUCCAGCAAUCAGGUUAAUCUUCCGGGUUGGAGUUGGAGAAGCGACGAUGAAGCCUUUUUUAUAUUAUUAUAUAUUCUUUUGUUGUACUCUUACCCUUUUCUUCCUCCCUCGAACACGGUUCACAGCAGAUAUUUUACUAUCGAUAAAGAGUUACUAGAAAUUGCUAAUAGAAACUAAUAGCAGCUUUAGCGGAGAAAGGAUUCGAUUUCAUUACGCAAAAUAUUACGCAAAAGAAAACCAACCCGACCGUCAUCACACCCACACAUAUACACACUCCUAUCCACACGCUGGGUGCUGGUGAUGGUGGGGCCGGCGGUGUGUGGUAUAUUUUGAGAUUUUUUUUUGUAAGCACAAACUAACUAAAACCAUCGUUUAUAGAAAUUGUAUUAUAAAUUGUGUGCUCCCUUUCCCUCUGUUCCCACUUCAUCUCGCAAGCGACCACUUGUUGCUGUGUUGCAAAUGAAAUUACCUGGUGCAAGGAAAUGUUACACUCGCAAUUAAAUACUAGUACCGCGUAGACAUCCAGGCGAGCAAAGAGAUGAUUAUAGAGGGAGAGAGAGAGAGAGAAGAAGCGUUUGGGAGAAUAAGUUGCAUUUUGAAUAUGAAACAAACAAAACAGGUAGCAAUCCUAGUUACAAAAUAAUAAUGAAAUGGAAGGAGAUGUAAAACGAAACAAUUGUUAGGCGUGGUGUGGUGUACAGUUUGUCCCUCCAAAACUACAUACACCCAGCAUUGAAAGCACAUUUAAAAAUGGAAGACAAAAGCAAGCAACGAAGCAGAAAAGGAAGACAAAAUAUUGGUUAUUAUUCCUUUUAUCCCCUUUUUUUUACAAAAUCAUUUAAAUACUUGACCCUCAAAACAAAUCAAAUCAAUGGGGGCUAACCUGUUAUGCAUUCUAUCUUACUUCUUAAUCUUAAUCAAUGUAAUGGGAGAAAUGAAGCAGAAAACACACAAAAAACAAGAAGAAUUAACCUAUGUUCCUUCUAUUUCCAGUUUCACCUUGUGUUUCGAAGAAGCAAUGUAGUUGAAAAGAAUGAAACCCCUUUACACAAAUACAUAUACACACACUGCCGAAGUGAAAGAGGAAAAUGAAAUGAAAAUGGAAACAAAAAAAUCAAAACAAAAAAAGAGAUAAAGAAGUGAAAACAGGAAAAACAAAUCAACAAAACAUAAGAACAACCGAAACAACAGAAACCAAAAAAACCAAAACCGUAAACGAAAACUACCAUAUUGCAAUAGUCUGAAUUUAGCAAACGUGUGUUGCGGUAUAUAGUGUGAAUAAAGUCUAGUAAAAAAAAAACAAAUCAAUUGAAGCUAAUGCACACAAACACGAUGAAAAUGAUGAUGAUAAGGAUGAUGCAAAUAGAUAGUGAGAACAACAACAGAAACCGACUCUCGUGCACCACGUGCAACGAGCAGAGACAGCACACAGAGAGAAAGAGAGGGAUUGGAAUCUAAGAUCCAUAUUGUAAUUGAACUAUGUGCAUAAUAACUACAUUACAUUGAAAUAUGCAUCAGAACGGUAAUUAGCAAAUUAAUUAAGCCUCCCAAACAAACCCCCUCCUCUCCCCAUACCGAAAAGCGAAUUGUGUACAUGCGCAAGGCGGAGCGAAAGUGGAAGAAGCGUACGUUUAAGAGAAGAAAGUAAAAUAAUAAUAAUAAACAAACAAACAAACAAACAGAAGAAGGAAUAAAACAAAAAUAGUGUAAAGAGAGGCGAUGUGGAACCAAAAUGACUGAUUUUUAUCCCAAAAAGAAGUUGGGUUGGCGUUGAGAAGCAAACGCGCAUUGAAGAUGUUUCCAAACCGGGUAAAGAAAUCAGUUGUGAAAGAAGCAGAACAAAACAGUGAAGUGAAGUGAAGCGUAAGAAGAAAUGAAGGGAACGUUCAACUUGGUUCCUUUUUUUGUCCUACUAGUGAAACGUAUUUUCUACCUCCUUUCUUGGUAGUAUUACUGCUACUGCGCUGCUGCCCAUGUGUGGCACCCGUGGGAUGUGGAGGAGGUCGUCGUAACGCGAGGGAAAGCCACAUGGAAUUAGUUACGUACUGGUUUGCCUCCCCCAUUUCUUCUCCAGUAAAGUGUGCUGAAAGUGUUAGUUUUGCAUUCUUAUUAUACACGCAUGUUGCUGCCUACUACCUGCUGCUAAAGCUCUAACGCGAAUGAUGCUUAUAACAUGAAUCAGCUAUGAAAGCCUAUUUAAGCAUACUAAAGCAAACCUUUGAUAAUCCGUAACCCGUAUAAUCGAUAUAGUUUACUCCUUUUUGUAUGUAUACUACCGCAUAUACCGUAUAUACUAGCUCAAUUUACGCGCGCACGCGCGUGUGUGUGUAUUAGCCUUCCCCCUUUUUCGAUUCGGUUUAAGCUGUAGAAAUAUCAUUUAAGUAGCAAAGAUAGUAACAGGAGAGUUAUGGGGUUAGCGAAUAGUAGGAAGAGAGAGAAAGCGGUGAACCUGGAAAGCAAGAAUUAAUAGCAAAAUACCUGUAAACAACCAUCCUAAAUAGGCAUGUAAACAAACCCCUCCGGAUCUCCUGACCACAUUUCAGGACCAUUUUCCAGGAGUUCUCAUAGCUGGGGUACACUUUAUUGACUCUUUCAUACGUGAAAUGAACCUAAUGUAUAGGGAAUUCGACUCUAUAGCAAUCUUGUUAGACAAAUCCAAUAUGAAUUUCGAAGGAGCCUGUCCAACAAGCGUACCAGUAGAGUCCAAUAUCCAUAUGGACAUAUGAAGUUCACUUCCAAUAGGAAAGAGUCAAGGAAGUGUCCGACAACUAUGAGAACACCUGGAAAACCCUGUAACCACUCUGGUACGUAAAAAUCAAAGCAAUUAUAGUUCGCAAUUAAUUGUGACAUUUAACAGCAGCAGCUCACAUUUAUGAAGCAUAAAUUUUGCCUUACUUACAAAGUUCCGAUUCCGAAUGGGGGUUCACAAUAAAGAGGAAAUUGUGAAGCGGCGUUCGGUAGAAGAGAUGGUAGACGAAGCAAAGAAGCUAAAGCGUGUUGCUAUGGUGAAAAGCUUUCUUUUUUUUUUUUUAAAUUAAAAUUACAUACUUGCUGCUACUAAGACUAAGUUCAUUCCGUUUCCAUACACAGUGGGGUGUGGUUUUAGUUUGCUCAUGUUCAAACAAUCAAUAGUAAAAAACAAUUGUUUACAUCACUUCUCAGUGUUCACAAAUCAUGUAAAGGUAUAUAAAAGGGGAUGUGGAUAACAAACGAACGAAUAGAAACGUGAAACCUUAAUAUCUAGUAUUUUUACAUACAUUGCUUCUCUCAGGCAGAUGGAAAAGGUCGUGUAAAAGGAAACAAUCAUAACUUGUUUUUUUUUUUUUGGGAAUGUGCUUCAAUUUUUUGAGUGUUUUUUAUGUUUUAAAAUACAUUUUCUACAUUUUUUGUCUUCUUAAAAUAAAGAAUAACAAGGAACGGUUAGCAAAUGGUAACAGUAAAGAGCAUAGUAGGCGGCGAGAAGCAUUUAGAAAAGUAAUGUAAACUAAUGUCGAAGCUGUAGCUGUUUCUUUCAACUCUAGCAAAUGCAAAUGGGUAAGAAGACAAAAACACAAAAUCAACAAGAAAAAUCGUGUUUAAAGAGGAAAGGAUUGGAAAAGAUUUAGAUAAUGCAAAAAAAAAGAGAAGGAAAGGAAAACAGUAGAGCAAAACCUUGUGUCCAACGGAGAAAAAGGACCGUGUAGUAGAGACCGAUGGAGCAAAGCAAUGGACGGAUGAAACACAACAAGCCUCAAACGAUGGUAACGAUGUGUGUGGUAUUUGAUUUGGGAAAAUAUACGUUGAAAAACAAUGGCAUAGAACGAA